UUCUAGCCUGUGAACUUGUGUGACAUCGAAAACCUGACAGAAGUCAACGUGAGCCGAGAAGACGAAAUCAGUCAAAAGGUCGAACUUUGCUUCAAAGAUCCGGACCGAGAUAAGAGUGCUUGCGAGUUCCUCAUCAUCAUGCUUCGUGUGCAUGCGAUGCUCGCGAAAAAUCUUUUCCUUUCUUCUUUUUGCGCCCUGUUGGAGGGCAAAGAUUACAAGGAGCACGAGAAGCCUUUUUUAGUGCUGCCUGAUGAUUUCCACCAGCAAAUAGAGAGUGUAUUAAAACCCCCUGAUGAACUCAUAUCCCUUGUCUCCUUGGUGUUCUCAUUCCAGACGCUGACCAUCAGCUUCGAGGACAGAGACGCUGAGGAGUUUGUCCUGGUGCUGUGCGGAUAUUACAAGCUGCUGGUGAAUAGGACACUGUCAUUGCAGAAGCACAAGGACCCUUGGACAGAGGAAGAAGUUGCUCCACCGUACCACACGCAACACAAAGUGAUCCCGGCAGCUUGGAGUUACCCAGUGUCGUCGGGAUUACCAGGGAAGUUUCCUGUGUCAGGCGUGACAUCUAGUGGACGGCGAGGAACAUUAAACGGACUAGAUUCUUCGGAAAGCGUGUCGAGUACGCUGCGGUCGAACAGCUCGUCAGCUUCGCCGUCGUCGUCAGCUAGCAAACACAGCAGCAGCAAAGAUCAAUCAGUAGCAGAACUGAUUGAACAAAAGAACCGAGACUUCAUUAGCGCUAUUUCACAGCUCGUCGAUUUGACUCUUCAACCGCCUUAUCAAAAACCACCGCCUGGCUUUGAAAUUCCCAAGGGAUCCUUCUCCAAAGCUACCGGAAUGGAGAUCGACAAGUUGGACGUGGAUGCAAACAUGAACAAGACGUACAUGAGUGGGACUCUGAAGCGGGACACGAACCAGAACCUGACCGGGAACACGGGUUCCCUGGCAGGGACGCCCACGAAUAAUAAACGAGAAAACAGGAAGCUUGUGAAUGGAGAUUAUGGAUUCACGCAUGCGACGAAAAAUGAUGCAUCUUCCGUUUCGGAAUUGAAAACAAAACGAGUUAUGAAUGGAGAUCAUUCACCCAAGAUCAUGAGCAAUGGUGAUGAUUCUGACAUGCACGAAGCUCGGAACGAUGCCGUGAUUAGACGAGUUGCGGAAAUGAAGCAUCUCGUGGAAACGGCUGAGAAGUAUUUGACAGACCAAGAGGAUCAAGGUGCAAAUGACACCGACAGGGAAGAAAGCAUGUUGUCAGACGGCAGUGGCCAGUACGGACAGUUGAAACAUUCAGACUCUUUGCUCUUGUUGAUCCAGCAAGGAAAAGAGACAGACGGGGAAGGAUCUUCUCCAGAGUCUUUGCGAGCUGCGACGCAGAAAGCUAGCGUCAAGGUGGACCACUCGGGUAGUGACACUGAUUCCUUGAGUACUCCAACGAACAGCCCGAUGCGUAAUCCGAAAAUUCCUGAAAGACCAAAGGACCUCAAGACCCGUGGCUCCAGCUUUGGUCUGAUGAGUCCUCAGGAGUACCCUAAUGCAAAAUCCGUCUUGAGCAAAGCGGCUUCAAGCAAAUCCGACACUUUAAAACGUCUGGCUGCCAAAAAUUCGAUGCCGAUCAAUUUUUCGGAGGGCUCGUUCGUCGUUGAUGCUGAUCUGAUUGAUUUGACGAUGAUACCACCUCCUAUUACCCCGGACGAGGAAGGGUUGAGAGUGUUUCCGGAUGGGCCGAGUUUGCCUCCGACUCCAUUCGCUGACCGGAUGAAUUUGGAAGCCGAAUUGAAAGCUCUCGAGAAAAAUUUCGGACCUUUGAAGGACUUGGGGAUGUGGCCGAAAAAUUCUUCGAUUGUGGAAAAAAGCAGUGUCCUUGACACGAGCAGCGACUGGGACGAUACCAUGUCUGUGAGCAGCCUGAACACGUCGAUCGUUGCCAGCGAUUUUGUUUCCUCCCUGGUUCAGCCAGACAUCCGCCUCGCUGCUCUGGCUCACUUGCACUCUGUGAAGGACGCCAUAAGCGACUCUGUGGACGACAUUGACUCUUUUAUUGCCAACGCCACCAUCCCACCGCCGCCUACGAAUAACAUUCCUGUGACGACGAGUCAAUUAUCCAAAUUGUCGCCGGUGGUGGAACUGACCCCGGAUGACAUCAGCCAGUUCAUCAUCCACCGCCGUCGCAGUACAUCGACACUGACGAAGAAGACAACGAUGACGACAGUUUGGCAGAUAUCCCUCUGA